AUGACCCGAGGUAAAGAGCCUGCAGAAGAGGGGGGGGCGGAGAGCGAGAGGCGGCGGGCUGUUGGAAGCACCUCCGCUGGCAGAGACCGCUACGCUGCCUCGCAUGGUGGUAACGGACCCCAGCCAGAGCCCCGCCCGUCCCCCCCCCCCUCCCGUGCACAUGGCCUCACACACCGCUCCCCGCAAUGUCUCGCUUCACCCACGGUCACCCGGAACACUUGUGACAAGCCGGCCCACCUGCGUCAUACACCCAGGCGGAGGUUACACAACUCGGGAGCGAUCGAGAACCGACGUCAGUUUCAAGGUGGGGAUAAACAUGAAACAAAAGCUGUUGGUUUGUGUUGUAAGUUGGGUGUGGCUUUUGCCCCCUGCUGGUGCUGUGCUGCUGUGCUGCUGCUGUUGCUGCUGCCUGCCUGCCUCACCAGGGCUGACGGCUCUUCUCUCUCUCCACCCCCAGGGAUCAUGCGCAGCUUUGAGCCCCUGCCGUGCCCCAUCUGCCAGCGCUCCUAUAGCUCCCCGGGCAACCUCAAGCAGCACCUGGAGAACAUUCACAUGUCAAGCAAUGAGCUGAACUUUGAAUGUCGCAUCUGUGGCAAUAAAUUCAAGAGCAAGUGGUAUCUGCACAAGCACCUUCACCGUGCCCAUCACAUACGUGGCCGCAAGGAAACCUAG